AUGAAAUUAGGAUAUAAUUCAAUAAUGAUAGUAUCAAAGUAUUUUGAUGAUAUUAAUGAUUUUAUUAAUUUAGAAAUUGGAAUUAAAAGAUUUCAAGGAAAUAUGGAACGAUUUCAUUUUAAUCCAAUUCCAUUAAAUAAAUAUUCAAGAAAAUUAUUUACUAAUAUUGAAACAUUUCAUAUUUAUAAUAAAUAUGAUAAAAUAUUUGAUGAUGGAAUAAUAUUUAAACAUGUAAUAUGGUAUCAAGUAGAUUAUUCAACAUAUUUAAAAGAGAAAGAACAAGGAAAUAUCUGUAAAAAUAUAAUAUAUACAGAAGAAGAUAGAGAUAAAUAUGGAAAUACAAUACCAUCAGAAGUUAAAUCACUUGGAGCUUGGUGUUUUUCUAAAUGUUCAUCAUUAACAUCAAUUAAUAUACCAACAUCAAUUAGUGAAAUAGGAUAUGGAUGUUUUAAUGAAUGUACAUCAUUAAAAUCAAUUAAUAUACCAUCAUCAAUUACGUCAAUAGGAUGUGAUUGUUUUUAUAGAUGUUCAUCAUUAACAACAAUUAAUAUAGAUAAUUUACAAUUUAUUAGUAAAGAAAGAAUAUUUAUGAAUGAACCAGUGUUAAUUAGUUGUGAAAUACCAGAUAAUCUACAAAUAAUCAAUGGAAAGAAUAUUUGCAAGAAAGAUAUUAAUGAAUUUAUUAUUCCAUCUUCAAUUACUAAAUUAGGUGAUUGUUGUUUUAGUUAUUGUUCAUCAUUAAGAUCAAUUAAUAUACUAGCAACAAUUAAUGAAAUAGGAAAUUGUUGUUUUGAUGGAUGUUCAUCAUUAAGAUCAAUUAAUAUUCCAUCAUCAAUUAGUGAAUUAGGAAAUUAUUGUUUUAGAUAUUGUUUAUCAUUAAGAUCAAUUAAUAUACCAUCAUCAAUUACGUCAAUAGGAGAUUGGUGUUUUAAAGGAUGUUCAUUAUUAAAAUCAAUUAAUAUACCAUCAUCAAUUAUAUCAUUUGGAGAUGGAUGUUUUUAUCUAUGUGGAUGUAAAGAAAAAUUAAAGAAAAAUAAAAGAAUACCAAGAGAUUGUUUUGAAUUAUGA